AUGAUAACAACAACAACAACAACAACAACAACAACAACAACAACAACAACAACAACAACAACAACAACAACAACAACAACAACAACAACAGCAACAACGACAAAAACAACAACAACAGCGAUGAAAGCAAUAAAAACGACAUCAACAACGACAGCACCAAAGACAAUAUCAGCAUGGAGUAAAUGGGGUAUGUGGAGCGCAUGUUCAGUAACUUGUGGCGGUUGUGGUAAACAACGGCGUAUCCGAGCUUGCUAUGGCAAAAUUCAGCAUUGUCCAGGAGCAAAAGAAGAAAUGAAGGAAUGUGGUACAAGGCGAUGUCCAAGUUGGACAAGUUUUAAUUGUAUUGGUCGAUUAGUUAUGCCGUGUAGUCUUUAUGAAAAUUUGAAUUUUGCCACAGAUAAAGAUGCUUAUAUGCCACCCGGUGAUAAGUUAGUUAUGGAUCAGUACAAGUAUAAGCAACAUGUCAAAUCAGCUUUUUCUGGUGAACGACUCUGUGAAAAGUAUUUCCAUUAUUUAUGUUCAAUGUCAACGUUUACUGUUUAUUUGGGUUGGCAAAGUGGAAAUAAUUGGUUGAAACUGGAUAAACGAGGAUGCUGUAACAAAUAUCAUUACAAUGGAACUGUUUGCAUUCCUGAUUGA